UAUUCUGCAAGUACACAGAUGUGUAAGUAGGUUCAGUGUAACUUUGUGGACGUUUAAAGGUGUUCAUCAACGUGUAGAAGGUUGUCUGAUAUCUCUUCAGAUGCUUUAUGCCAGCUUAUCCAGUCUUCUAGGUAUGAGUGCAGUGGUACCAAUAAUGCGUGAUCCUAAAUGGCUGAUUUGCACUUCCUGGUAGGACUGCUCAUGGUCGAGUGUUGCCCAAUAUGAGAGGUUGACCCAUACAGCCAACAGGGACUUCACACGCCUCACUGAUAGGGAUCCGAUCACCAGGCAAUCCUCUUUACCUUCACUGGUCUGCAUGGUGGGAGGGUUCGCACUGCAGACUGACAGAAGUUACUGACACACGGACAGGACAGACUGAAUCGAGACCGGGAUACUUUGCGUGUGUUGGGAGCACUAGAACAGUGGUACCGGUGAGAGAGAAGAACCGGAGAAGAUCCGGAACUAGAGCAGUGGUACCGGUGAAAGAUCGAAAAGAACCAGAGGCGACCCGGACCGACUGCGGAGGUGUAUUCGUGCUGUCUGAAGGUAGUGCCAAACGACAGGGGGGCAUGAUGGAGUCAGCCCUGACAGCUAGAGACCGAGUGGGGGUCCAGGACUUUGUCCUGCUGGAGAACUACACCAGCGAGGCGGCCUUCAUAGAGAACCUGCGCAAACGCUUCAAGGAGAACCUCAUAUACACCUACAUCAGCUCUGUGUUGGUGUCGGUGAACCCCUACAAGGACCUGGAGAUCUACACCAAGAACCACAUGGAGCGGUACCGCGGGGUCAACUUCUAUGAGGUCUCACCCCACAUGUGAGUCUCAACCCCUCUCCCUUCCACCCGUCUACCCC